CCAGUCAGUGCACUCCCCGGCAGCACGGUGGCUGUGCUGGUGUCAGCUCGGUGGACAGCAGAGAAGACAUUGCACCUCUGGACUGGACGCAUGUUGUCCCUGAGCAUUGUCCCUUGGCGUGUGUGGCUGCAGCCUUAUGGCUCCCUGGCAUUGUCUGGAACUAUAAGAUGUCCAUUGAUCCUAGCGUUCUGUGUUGUGAUGACGUCGAGGCUCCUAAAGCAGUGGGCUUGUAAAGAGCAUUGAGACACCAUGACAGUGUUCAGACAGGAAAACCUGGAGGAUUAUUAUGAUAUUGGAGAAGAGCUUGGAAGUGGGCAGUUUGCUGUGGUAAAGAAAUGCCAGGAAAAAAGUACAGGUGUGCAGUAUGCUGCAAAAUUCAUCAAGAAGAGGCGAACCAAAUCAAGCCGCCGCGGGGUGACUCGGGAGGAUAUAGAAAGGGAGGUCAGCAUACUGAAAGAAAUCCGACAUCCUAAUGUGAUCACACUGCAUGAGGUGUUCGAGAACAAAGCAGAUGUCAUUCUCAUUCUUGAGCUUGUUGCAGGUGGAGAGCUGUUUGACUUCCUUGCUGAGAAAGAAUCCUUGACAGAAGAAGAAGCCACUGAGUUUCUCAAACAGAUUUUGAAUGGCGUCAACUACCUUCACUCCCUGCAGAUUGCUCAUUUUGAUCUCAAGCCGGAAAACAUCAUGUUGCUGGACAGGAACUCUCCGAAGCCUCGUAUUAAGAUAAUAGAUUUUGGCCUAGCUCACAAAAUUGACAUUAGCAAUGAAUUUAAAAAUAUAUUUGGAACUCCUGAAUUUGUUGCUCCAGAAAUUGUUAACUAUGAGCCACUUGGUUUGGAGUCUGAUAUGUGGAGUAUUGGCGUAAUAACAUAUAUUCUGUUGAGUGGUGCUUCCCCAUUCCUUGGUGAGACCAAACAAGAGACUUUGGCCAAUAUAUCUGCUGUUAGUUAUGAAUUUGAAGAUGAGUUCUUCAGCAGCACAAGUGAUCUGGCCAAAGAUUUUAUUCGGCGGCUUCUAGUCAAGGAUCCAAAGAAGAGAAUGACCAUUGAAGAUAGUUUGCAUCACCCUUGGAUUAAGCCUAAAGACACACAGCAAGCAUUGAGCAGAAAAGCUUCCGCUGUGAACAUGGAGAAAUUCAAGAAGUUUGCCGCCCGGAGAAAAUGGAAACAAUCUGUCCGCUUGAUAUCCCUGUGCCAAAGACUGUCAAGAUCAUUCUUGUCAAGGAGCAACAUGAGUAUAGCUCGGAGUGAUGAUACUCUGGACGAGGAGGAUUCCUUUGUUAUGAAGGCCAUCAUCCAUGCUAUCAAUGACGACAAUGUUCCUGGGUUACAGCAUCUUUUGGGAUCUCUGGCAAACUAUGAUGUUAACCAGCCAAACAAGCAUGGCACCCCUCCACUCUUAAUAGCCGCUGGUUGUGGAAACAUUCAGAUGCUGGAAUUGCUUAUAAGGCGUGGAGCACAUAUUCAUGUGCAGGAUAAGGCUGGAUCCAAUGCACUCUAUUGGGCCUCCCGGCAUGGUCAUGUUGAGACAUUAAAAUUCCUCCAUCAGAACAAAUGUCCACUAGAUGUUAAAGACAAGUCAGGAGAAACCGCCCUUCAUGUGGCAGCUCGAUACGGUCACGUAGAAGUCAUACAGUACCUGUGCACCGUUGGAUCCAAUCCAGACAUUCAGGAUAAGGAAGAAGAGACACCUCUACACUGUGCUGCCUGGCAUGGUUACUAUCCUGUGGCCAGAGCCUUGUGCCAGGCUGGCUGCAAUGUUAACAUUCGUAACCGGGAAGGAGAGACUCCCCUCCUGACAGCCUCAGCAAGAGGAUACCAUGAUAUUGUGGAAUGCUUGACUGAACAUGGAGCUGACCUUGAUGCAACAGACAAGGACGGGCACAUAGCCCUGCACCUUGCAGUACGAAGAUGUCAGAUGGAAGUAGUUAAAUCCUUGAUCAAUCAGGGGUGUUAUGUAGACUUCCAGGAUCGUCAUGGUAACACCCCAUUGCAUGUCGCCUGCAAAGAUGGCAAUAUUUCUAUUGUAAUGACACUUUGUGAAGCUAACUGUAAUUUGGAUAUUACUAAUAAGUAUGGCCGUACCCCUUUACACCUUGCUGCAAACAACGGUAUUCUCGAAGUUGUUCGCUAUCUCUGUCUCUCUGGUGCCAAUGUGGAAGCACUGACUAUGGAUGGCAAAACGGCAGAAGAUCUUGGCAAGGCCGAACAGCAUGAACAGGUGGUGAAUUUGCUAGGAAGGCUUCGAAAGGACACCUAUCGGACUCUAUUCAUUCAGCAGUUAAGAUCAACCCAAACCCCACAACCAAGGCUGAAGCUUAAAUUAUUUGGACAUGUUGGAUCUGGGAAGACAACACUUGUGGAGUCCUUGAAAUGUGGUCUCAUUCGCAGUUUCUUCAGAAGACGCAGACCCCGGCUUGCAUCUACCAAUUCAGUGCGCUUCCCUCCCUCUCCAAUGUCUUCCAAAACCUCAGUUUCAGUUAGCAUCUGUGAUUUAUACCCUGGUUGUGAAAAUGUCAGCGUAAGGAGUCGGAGUAUGAUGUUCGAGCCGGGUCUUACCAAAGGAGUACUGGAGGUGUUUGUGUCUCCAUCCCAUCAUGCCCACUGCUCUGCUGAUGACCAGUCCACAAAAGCUAUUGAUAUCCAGAAUGCCAAUCUAAAUGGCGUUGGAGAUUUCAGUGUCUGGGAAUUUUCAGGAAACCCCACAUAUUACUGCAGCUAUGACUAUUUUGCUGCCAAUGAUCCCACAUCCGUGCACAUAGUUGUCUUCAGCCUCGAAGAACCAUAUGAAAUUCAGCUGAAUCAAGUUAUAUUUUGGCUCAAUUUUCUAAAAUCCCUUGUGCCUGUUGAGGAACCAAUAGCUUAUGGAGGGAAGCUGAAGAAUCUUCUCAAAGUAGUCCUGGUGGCAACCCAUGCAGACAUUGUGAAUCUUCCACGUCCUGCUGGAGGAGAGUAUGGAUAUGACAAAGAAAUGUCCCUGCUAAAAGAAAUUAGGAAUAGGUUUGGCAAUGACCUCCAGAUUUCUGACAAGCUCUUUGUGCUGGAUAGUGGAGCAUCUGGUUCUAAGGAUAUGAAGCUUCUGCGCAACUAUCUUCAGGAACUGAGAAGCCAGUUAAUUUCUAACUGCCCAACAAUGACUCCGUUGUGCGAGAAAGUUGUCUCGAUUUUGCCAUCUUGGAGAAAGCAGAAUGGCCCCAACCAGUUGCUUUCCUUUCAGCAGUUUGUCUAUGACGUACAAGAACAACUCAAUCCAUUGGCCACUGAGGAUGAUGUCAGGAAUCUAGCACAACAACUUCACAGCAUGGGAGAGAUCAACAUCAUGCAGAGUGAAACAGUCCAAGAUGUGGUGCUCUUAGACCCUCGGUGGCUAUGUUCUAAUGUCCUGGGGAAGCUGCUAUCUGUGGAGAACCCAAAGGCUCUUCAUCAUUAUAGAGGGAGAUACACCAUGGAGGAUAUCCAACGUUUAGUCUCAGACAGCGAUGUAGAUGAACUUGUUCAAAUUUUAGAUGCCAUGGACAUAUGUGCUCGAGAUCUGAGCAGUGGUACAAUGGUGGACAUUCCUGCCCUUAUUAAAACGGAUAGCCUCCACAGGUCUUGGACUGAUGAAGAGGAGGACAUUCUGAUUUAUGGAGGUGUUAGAAUUGUUCCUGUGGAACACCUUACUCCUUUCCCAUGUGGAAUAUUUCACAAAGUUCAAGUUAACCUGUGUCGGUGGAUACACCAACAGAGUGCUGAAGGAGAUGCUGAUAUACGUUUGUGGGUAAAUGGAUGUAAGCUGGCAAAUAGAGGUGCUGAAGUUCUGGUGUUGCUGGUCAACAAUGGUCAGGGAAUUGAAGUGCAUGUUAGAGGACUGGAAACUGAGAAGAUAAAGUGUUGUUUACUUCAAGAAUCUAUCUGCAGUAUAAUUGAUAACUUAUUCACUACUACGUUGCCUGGGCUUUUAACUGUAAAGCAUUAUUUAAGCCCACAGCAGCUAAGGGAACAUCAUGAACCAGUGAUGGUUUACCAACCAAGAGACUUUUUCCGUGCCCAGGCCCAAAAGGAGACUUCGCUGGCGAACACCAUGGCCGGGUACAAGGAAAGCUUUAGCAGCAUACUAUGCUUUGGAAGCCUGGAAAUUUACUCCCAAGGAAGCCUAGGAAUGGAUCAUCACAUCUCAGAUCUGAACAUACUUGUAAGGAGGAAGCUUAGCAGGCUUCUAGAUGCUCCAGAUCCUAUGGGCAAAGACUGGUGUCUUCUAGCUAUGAACUUGGGACUUCCAGAAUUAGUUGCCAAAUACAAUUCUGGCAUUGCCACACAAAAAGAUUUCCUCCAGAGCCCAGUGUGUGCUCUUCUUCAGGAAUGGGGAAAUACUCCGGAGAGCACUGUAGCAAUUUUAAUGUUAAAACUAAGGGAACUUGGUCGUCGGGAUGCGGCUGAUUUUUUGCUAAAAUCCUCUUCAGUGUUUAGAGUGACUUUAGAUGUGCAUGGACAGGAGGCUUAUGCCGCAAGCUGCAACAGUGGCACAUCUUAUAAUUCUAUUAGUUCAGUAGUGUCUCGGUAACUGGUUAUUCAUUAUGGACUCCACUAAACAGCAACCAGUGUAAAGAAUUUAGUCUCUAUAUUAUUGUAUUACUAGGGUAUGAGUCUUAUUAAUUUAUAGGCAUUUCAUCUACAAAUGUAACAUGCCCUAUUAACCUUGUUCUUUGUGAUCUUUCUACUUUUAAUAAGAAUUGUUGCCUUUUGUCAUAGAUUUUUAAAGGUUCAUACUUUGGAAUUUUCAACCCAGACUUCUAUAUGAAUGUGCUGCUAAUGACUGCCAACUAAAUGGAUAUAAGCCGUCCCUUUCAUGCAAAAGAUAGUUAUUCUGUACAUUUUAGGACUUUACAGGCAAAGCUACUCAUAUCUAGAAUCAAGACUCACACUUACCAGUUGGGCUUGCUUAAUAUUUCAAGAUAAAAAUUCUUCAGUGGGUUUGAAGGAAAUCAGUGGAUUCUCUUUUAGGAGGGAACACGGUGACGUGAGUGCCUUCCUGGAGGAGGGGUUACAGGUAUGGCUUCAGCCCUGAAGUUAGAAUCUCGUCAUGCUCUCUACCUCUUCAUCACUUUUUGCAUGAUAAUCAUGACAGGAGUGUCCGUUUUACUUUAAAGAACUCUCUGUAUACAUAACACACUUGGAUGAUAAAAUAGGCACUGUACUUGUAUUUUUUCCAGUGCAGUCUUCAGUGUGACUGUAUGGCUCAGGUACAUAGUUGAUGAGUCAAAAAAAAAAAUCAUGUUAAAAAAAAUUACAUGUCAAAGUAUUAUAGGUUUAUCCAAUUGGUUCCAGUGACUGAAUUUUUUUUAACAAAGAAAAGGCUUUAUUUUAGAGUUUGUUGCGAGGCCUUGAGAGUGCUCAAGUUGAUGGAUGACAUGAAGUUUCAUUCAGUUACAUCAUCUCAGGUAUAGGUUCUUACAAACCUCCAUCAGCAGUGUAAGACUUGUAUCAAAAAGAAUCCUGCAGCAAACACCAUUGCAAUAUUUCUAGUUUAGACACAACAGGCAUCUUUUUAUUGUUAUUAUAUACAAGGGCGUGUUUGUGAUUUUCCUGUACUUGAAACAACAAGCAAAUCUGUUUGUAGGAGUUUUGCUUGCUGCCAAUACUGAAUGAGUACCUAUUUCAUUAGUGUGCUUUCUCUCUGAAGAUGCAUGCCAUGGAGGAAAUCUUUUAUGUGAAUAUACAGGAUUGACAUUCCCAUUUUUAAUCUUUUGUUUGUAGAAGAAUUUUAAAAACUUGUUUUUAUAUAUGUAUAUAUCUAUGAAUAAACUUGUUGCCUGUUGCACAGUU